AUACAUUUUCUUACCCUUUUCUCUACCUUUCUCCAUUGUCUGUGCAAUCAAACUGUGGCUUGAUUUGUGUCUAUUUAUUUUCAACUAAAUAAAAGCUUUGCAGUUUCUUCAUUCUUCAUCAAUGGCGGCUGAAGCCAUAGACCCAUUCCCAAACUACAGCAAAACCCAACGCAUUGUUCUCCUAAUAGACUUAAAUCCACUUCUCCAUCUCCAAGACCCAAAUCCCUAUCUCAAAACCCUCAUUUCUUCCUCCAAAACACUCCUCUCCUUCCCUCCUUUAUCCUCUUCUCUCUUCUCUUUCAAGCCCUUCUUUUCCUCUCUUUCCCCUCUCCUUUCCUCCUCCAAACUCCCAUUUCCUUCCUCUUCUCUCUCUUUCAAUCACUCAGAUUCCACCCUCCACUCCCUCACUCAUUUCCUCACUUCUCUCCCCACCAUAAUUAACAAAGCCUCCUUCCCUUUGUACCCUUCUCGGGCUUUAAAUCUCGCCGCCUCAUUGCGCCAGCUCGUGCAUGAAUACGCCUGGGACCCACUAAUCCCCGAUCCAGUCGUCGGUACGACGUCCAACUCUGGUAACUCCGUUUUGAUUAGGUCUAAUUUGGUAAUUUUGUUAUCUCCAGUUCAUAGGGACCUGAAUUGGGUACGUGAAUUCUUUGACGUGAAAGUGGAUCAUGAAUGUUUGAAUGAUUUGGGUUCUUUUGUUAAGCAGUUUUCUGGGGUUUUCGGGAGUGUCAAUGAUGCGCUUGUUAGUAGGGAUAUUCAUUGUUGCUGGGUUGAUUUAAAGUUUCAGCCUUGGGAAAAUGGUGAUUUAGAGAAUUUGGGGUUUAAGUGUUUGGGGAAUGGGAUUAGGAGUUUAGGUUGGGGAUUUUGUUCUUCGGAUUCUAUUGUUUUAGGUUCUGCAAUUGUUCCUUUUGGUUUGAUUUAUCCCAACAUUGCAGUCUCGUCGAACACUUCUCCUACCUUUGAGUUUAAUGAUGAUUCUGGUAGAAAGAGAAACGCCCAUUUAAGUCUUGAGAUAUUAGAUGCCACUGGGAAACCGUUAGAAUGUAAGUGCUGUGAGCUUGAGUUUGUCAAUUUCAAAAUGUGUACCAGCAAUCAACAAACGAGAGCUGAUAACCAGAAGAAUAGCUCCUUUUUGGAUCAGUAUUUGGGUGGAGUAACCAAAGUACGUGUUAGGGCGCUGAGGAGGUAUGAUGACUGUGAGAAAUUUGAGGGAAGCUUCUUGAAUCCGAUCAUUGUUUGUAAAUCCUUGGGAAAAUCUGGGGAAGAUAAGAAAGAUGAUUCAGGUGAGUUUUAUGCUGAUAGAGUUCUUCAAAUACUUGCAAGGGAUAUGGGUGAACCAUUGGCGAGAAAACCUGUUGGGAUUUGGCUAAUCUUCUUGAGUUUUCUUCAUAGGGAAGGUUACUGGGCAUUGGUAUCUCUUUCGGAUGGCGAUUCCGAUUUGCAUACAGGAAUCCUGAAGCCAUUCACUGUUUUUUCAGCUAUGAUUUGUAUAACCGGUGAUGGGUUCUGCCCUAACAAGUUUUUCGAUUCUAGUAAGGUUGAUUCAGCUGCUGCAAAAAGAGAUGAUGAAAAUUUGAGGCUCCAUGUUGAUUCAAAACAUGCUCUUGUAUUUUCAGAUUCUCAAUCUCAGUCCUCACCUUCCCACAAGUUUGCUGGAAAAAGGAAGAACAAAAUAAAGUCACCCUUGCCUCAUGACCUCACCUGGAGUGCCUUCUGCCAAGCAGCAGUCGAACAUUUAGAGAUAGAUUUAGAAGCAUGUUACUUUUCUAGGGCCUGUAAAUUGAAGAAGUUAAAAUUUCUGAAAUGCUGGAUGAAGCAGGUUCAAAAACGUGGUCAUGUGAGCUUUAAGAUACAAGAGAGUGCCAAGCCAGAUCAGGAUGCUAAAGAAGAAAUCAAUCAUAGACCAAUCGAGUUGCCUCAAGAUAUUGAACAACUGGCAUCUUAUUCUGCAUCAGCUGGAGAAGGUUGCUUGAGAGUUUUAGAUGAUGCUGGUAAUGAUUUUUGUUCACGAACUUUAGAAAAUUUCUUGGAUAGUCUUCCUAAUAAAAUUAAGCAAGGGCUAGAAUCUGGAGAAGUAGAAUUAGGAGCUUUUGCAGAACGGCUCAUGCGCUCAUCUAUUUAUUGGUUAUGUCAAAAGCAUGAAAUUGAAGGCAUUUCAGAAAGUCAAACCUCUCUGGUGCAAACUAGUGAUGCUUGUGCUAGCAAAGCUGCUGUUCAACUAAUCGAACUUUUAUUGAGAGAGCCAAAGGACUUAGCUGCUGUGCAUAAAAGGAGGGAUCAAUCCUCUCAGGCAUCAGAUUCAAGGUCUACUGAAUCUGCUUCAGCUAAUGUAGUUAGAGAAUACGAAUUGCAAAUUUUGUUUCGCAUGGAGAUUCUUCAGUCUGAAGUUGGUGCAAUUAUUGAGGAGCCUAUGAAGCAGAAAUUUGUAAAACAAAUUUGCUCGCUACUGGAGUCUAUUCAGUGCCAUCUUGAUGGUGGCUUUUUUGGUGAUUGGAGGCUUGACAAGUAUGUGGAAAAAAUCAUAAAGAGCAGGUAUUAUCUCUCUCUUGGAGAUGUUGUUGAUAGAAUCUAUAGGAAGAUGGACUUGUUACUGUUUGAUGAUGAGGAUGAAUUGCUAAAUCAUCUACUGAACAGCGAGGACAGUAACCGUUCCUGGAAAGAAAAACCUGAGGAAGAUGUACACUCCAGAAAUCAUGAACCAGUUUCAAUAGAAGAGGAGUCCCCCCAACUGCAGAAAUAUGAUAACAAAAGAAUUCUCCAAGUAAUGAGGACCGAGGAGCAUGAACUGAAACUGAUUCAGGCUCAGGAGAUGAGGGAGAGGGCUCGGCGUUUCUCGUCUUUUACAAGUUGGAUGCCAGAUUUACAGAGAGUUUGGGCUCCAAAGCAGCCGAAGGCAAUGAAAUCCAAGUCAGAUAAUCUUCGGAAACUAUCAAAAAGGAAGAGUCGCAGCAAGGCAAGCUAUGACAUGGUAUGUGAGACCCCAAUGACAGAAAAGAAGCGGUCAAGCACCUGCAGAACCACCACCGAUGACAAAGAUGACUGUGGAGACUGCAGAGCGCACCCUCAUGGUCCUGUCUCAAAGGCUUUGUUCCAAGAUGAUAUGUAAUAAGAAUAACGGUUUCUCACCAGCAGCUGACAUAAUGCCUUUUAACAAAGUAGAAGGAAGUUGCUUGGUGCCAUGAAUACACCGUUUAACAUUGCAAAAUAUUUAACCAGACUGAUAUGAUCUUAAUCAGUCUCUGAUUGUUUGUGAAGUAGUUAUAACUAGGUUUUAUUAUUCAAAUGGUUAAUUUCAUGUAAACUUACAACUUUAAACGUUAAGUAAGAUGCCCAUUCUUUUUUCCCGCUACUGAGGAAUAAGAGUUUUUUCUUCUUCUUAUUA